UUCGAAAAAUAUAGAAAGACCCACCCCCAAAUGUUCAAUAAUCGACCUGGUAAAGAAAAAUCUAACCUGUUAAAAAGAAGCAGACAACCAGUACCAAAACAAAUCAAACAAAUACCAAUAGUUUUGCUACCAAGGACGACAAAUUGGAGUCAAAUAAUCUAGGUUUACAAACCACACAGCCUAAGGAAGACCUGCUCGUUAUAAAAAAGGAGCCAAACAAACCAAAGAAAAAUAUGCGUUCAAAAUCAACUUCCCCACACAUCGCAACUCUUUUGAAAAAUGUUGGGUUGCCAGCAAUGCAAAAUGCCAGGUAUGAGGACAAAAUAACUUCGGAUGAGUUGGUGCAGUUGCGCGCAAAAGCUGCCCAGUUUAGCAAAAUCUACAUGAAGCACGAUUCCAUUUGGAAUUAUAGAAUUUUGAAUCCAUCACCCAACCCUGAAUUUGUCUCUCGUCUGAUUUCCGAGCUAACUACAGAAGUCAACUUAACGAUGGGAUGCAACCUUACUAAAGGCGAAUUAAAACGAAUCAUAAAUCUGAUUUCAGUUUGGCAUCAAAAAACAGUUCACCUUACGGUGGUCAAAAACGGCAAGAUUUUGCCUACCGACUAUUUUAACCUAUUCGCGUUUUUACCUGAUAGUUUUGUUCUUUUUUGCGAAGGCUGCGAGGAGACUUUCACUAUUGAAGAAUCAUACAUAAAGCAUUUGACUUCUCAUGAAUGUUUGUAUCAUUGCCCAACUUGCAAUAAAUGGUUCAAGUACAAGGGAUUCUACGAGAACCAUAAGCGAAACGCUCAUUUCUAAACAGUGCCGCUUACAACCUUUUAUAGAUUUUAAGUUGUAGUCAUACUAUUUACCAAAGACUACAAGUUGUUAAGUAGUUGUCAAAAAAUUAAAAACUCAGAUGAUUUAAAAGCUUAAAGAUAGCUUAUUUGUCAAGUUCAUAAACUGGCUAGUUGUUUAUUAUAAAACUAUAUCCUCUUUUAAUUAUAUAUUUUGUAUCAAUCCUUUUCCAUAUUCAUGUUCUGAAUAAACAACCUCUAUAACUCAAUUAAUUCCCAUUCUUUCAAGAUUAGUUACAAACAGUAACUAAAUUAAUAAGAUUAGCGACAAAGCAAUAGUUAAACAAUGUUAUGUAGUUCUCAAAAAAGUGAAUACAAUUAAAGCUGAAGAAAAUGUCAAAAAAAGUUGACAGUCAAAUUCAUAAACUUGUUAGUUAUGUUUAAAUAAAGCUAUAUCCGUUAUUAGUAAUAACUUAUUACUUAUAUUUUUUAGCCAUGCCUUUCUGAACCAAAGUUCUGAAUAAAUAACCUCUAUAGACUCAAUAUAGU